AUGUUUUUAUUGUCUAAGUGGUGUCCCUCAAAAGAAUUUGAAUUUCCUAAUGAUCCAAAAGACAAGCGUAAUUUACGUUUUCAAGUACAAUGGCUUGAACAAUAUUCAUGGCUCACAUACUCUGUGCAAGAGAAUGGUGCAUUAUGCACGUAUUGUAUUUUAUUUUUACAUAAUCAAGUUGGUCACUCAAAAUUAUCAACAAGAGGUAAAAAAGAUUAUGGUAAGAUUAAUACUACCAUGGAAGAUAAAUCUGAAGGAAAGUUCCGUGCCCUUUUAAAAUUUAGAGCAAAUUCUGGCGAUGAAAUUUUAAAAGAUCAUUUAGAAACUGGGGCAGCAAAUGCACAAUAUACAAGCGCAAAAACGCAGAAUAAGCUUAUUGAAAUUUGUGGUCAAGUAAUUACUGAACAAAUAGUGAAUAAAAUAAACAGGGCGAGUUUUUUUUCCGUAAUGGCCGAUGAAACUACCGACAUAGGGAAACUCGAACAAAUGUCAUUAUGUGUUCGAUAUAUUGAUCCUGAUAACGAAGUUCCAACAAUCCGAGAAGAUUUUUUAAACUUUGUUGUUGUCUCGGAUUUAAGUGGUUCUGGUUUAGCAUCAGUUAUUUUAGAAAACCUAAAAAACCAUGGUAUUAAUUUAGAGAAAAUGGUCGGGCAAGGGUAUGACGGCGCUGCAGCAAUGAGUGGCCAUUUAAAUGGCGUUCAAGCCAUAGUUAGACGCACGUUUCCAAGAGCUUUAUAUGUACAUUGUAGUGCGCAUUCAUUAAACUUAGCAAUUAGUGAUGCUUGCAAAAUAUCGGCUAUUAGAAAUUGCGUAGGAAGUGUUUCAAGUGUUUGUAAUUUUUUUCGGGGCUCAGCUCAGCGAACUGCAGUUUUAAAAAAAUGUAUACAAGCACAAACUACAUUGUCGACCAAUAUUAAAAUGACACUUGUAACAAUGUGUGAAACAAGAUGGGUUUUAAGACAUGACUGUAUCAAACGAUUUAAAGAAAUGUUUAUUCCAAUUGUUAAUGCAUUAGAACACUUGGAAAAAUCAGUGAAUAAAGAAACAUCAACUACAGCUCAUCAACUUUUAAGAGUCAUAUUAAAUGAAAAUGUUAUAGAUGUUUUGAAUAAAAUGCGUUCAAACUCAGAUGAUGAAUUCAACAUAAUUUUUGAGGAGAGUCAUACGACACUUGACGAGUUAGGGUGCGAUGUUAGUAUACCACGUUGUAUAAAAAAACAAAAUAAUCGAAAUAACGUUCCAUCAACUUCCCCUCAGGAAUAUUACAAAAGAUCUGUAUUUAUACCAUUUUUGGAUCAUAUGACAACUCAUCUUAGCGAACGUUUCUUAAAUCACAAAGAAGUUAUAUCUUCCUUAGAAACUUUACUUCCAAAUCAUAUUUCAAAUACUUCUAAAGGGCCGUCUGGAGAAUGCUUAGAUUUAUAUAGUUCUGUAUUACCAGAUAGUGGUGCUUUAAAAGAAGAGUUCUUGCUAUGGAAAACGAAAUGA